ACGGGUUUUCGCUGAGCGUACCAGCCAAUUUCCGGAUGAUUCGCGCACAUCCCUCCCCAAUGCCACGGAAAGUGUUAAAUUAGGCACGCGUGUUAAUCAUUAGCGUGGUGAAAUUAAACGCCACAGCGCGUUGCGUGAAAUCCUGGGCCACCGUGCCACACAGUGUUAACUGUAAACAAUAACAGACAUUCUCGAGCGUGUCCAUUCGUGUCCAGUGCGUUUGACAGUUGUGGGUUCUGCAGUGUUUUUUUUUUUUGCUUGUUGGAGCCUUUCGCACUCGUCUGCUGGUAGUGGUUUGCUCCACCGCACGCCAAAUACACACACGCACCAUCUCGGGAGAGAAUCCUUGUCGCGGUGUGUGUCUCUUGCUCGCUCUCGCCUACGCAGCCGUUUCGGGCCGGAAGCAGAGCUGUCAGUUCGCUUUCGUUUGUGUGUGAAGUUUGGUUGCAGGCGAACGUCGCUACGGUGCUCGGUGUCGGAUUUUGGGCCAAUUUUCCGGUGAAAAGUGAUUGCCAGCAGUGUGAAUCGUGUCCCAGCGUGUGUUGGAGUGUGUCCCCCGUGAGAUGGCGUUGGCUGGGGUCUAAAACCAGCAGCGAAAGUGGUGUUUACGGUCGUGCAAAGGUUUCACCGUUCCGUGCAGCCGAACGAACGGUGGAUUUUACUUAUCAACGGUGUGCUGCGGAUGUUGUCCCCGGAAGGGCUAUUUGUGCGCAUGAUAAUAAUAAUACACAAACAGUGUUUGCGUGUGUGUAAGUGUGCGAGCGUGUGGGGCGAACGGGGUACAUUCGGAGCAUUGUUUGGUGCGGUGCCAGAGCCUAGCCCAAUCUGAAACCCACUACCGAAAGGAACAGAAUAUAGAACACGGAUAUUAAAAACAUCGAACACACAACCUAACCUGAGCUCCGUGUGCGCCGGAAUACUACGAGGUCAGCAGUAGUACUUUACAGUCCGGCUCUGGCAGUUUUUGCCGCUAACUAGGUGCUGGGUGCAUGGAUGUAUGUGUGCGCACAUGCACACUAAUUAGUGUGCCUGCUGCCCCGUGUACGUGUGCAACUAAGGCACCACCUGUGCGGUUUUAUGUGUGAGCCCCGGGGUUUUGUGUGCGGAAAAUUUGUGUGUGUACCGAUUCGUGUGUGAUUUUCGAGUUUUUUCCGUGCUUGUUUUAUUGUGGUGUCUGCUGUGUUUGUGUGCGAAUCUAUCUGUAAGUGUGUGUGUGUGUGCUGGUAGUGGCCCUCGGGUGGAAAAGCCACCACCAAGCAAAAAAAGAGGAGUGCAGCCAAGGGUAACAACAGCGUGUAAGCGCGAGUAGAGAGACGGCAGCUUUUUUCCUGUUGUUGUGGUGUUCCUCUCUGCUGCUGCUAGUGGAUUGUUCCUCGCCAUAAUGGGCCUGCCGCAACAACAACGUGCAAGGAAAGAACCGAUGGCCCAGUUUUGGCCUGGUGAGCUGCAGCUCCGCUGGUUUGCUGCGCUGCUGGUUGGCAUCGUUAUCGGGUUCGGGUUGGCAGCGGCCGUAACCGAGGAGCUUUCACCAGAUCAUGUCCGAGAGUUCCAGUGCGGGAAGUUCUACUACAGAACGUUUUACCUGGACGAGGACCGGGAUGCUCUCUACGUUGGUGCAAUGGAUCGUGUGUUUAAGCUGAACCUGAAGAACGUUAGCAUGACGUCAUGUGAGCGGGACACUAUCGUGCUGGACCCGACCAGCUCAGACAUACGCAACUGCGUCUCGAAAGGCAAAAGCGAGAUGUUUGAUUGCAAGAACCACAUCCGAGUGAUUCAGCCCAUGGACAGUGGCAAUCGGUUGUACAUCUGCGGUACCAAUGCGCACAACCCGAAGGAUCUGGUGAUUUACUCAAAUCUAACGCACCUGCCGCGGUCGGAGUACGUGCCCGGGAUUGGGUUGGGCAUCGCCAAAUGUCCCUACGAUCCAUACGACAACUCGACGGCCAUCUACGUGGAGCAAGGCAAUCCGGGCGAUUUGCCAGCAUUGUACUCCGGCACGAACGCCGAAUUCACCAAGGCCGACACGGUGAUAUUCCGCACCGAUCUGUACAACAUGACAACUGGCAAGAAGGUGUUUAACUUCAAGCGUACCCUGAAAUACGACUCCAAGUGGCUUGAUAAACCCAACUUUGUCGGUUCGUUCGACAUCGGUGAGCACGUGUACUUCUUCUUCCGGGAGACGGCGGUCGAGUAUAUCAACUGCGGCAAGGCGGUCUACUCGCGGGUGGCACGCGUCUGCAAGAAGGACACCGGCGGCAAAAACAUCCUCAACCAGAACUGGGCGACGUACCUGAAGGCGCGCAUCAACUGCAGCAUCUCGGGCGAGUUUCCGUUCUACUUCAACGAGAUCCAGGACGUGUACCAGCUGCCCUCGGACAAGACCAAGUUCUACGCCACCUUCACGACCAGCACGAACGGGCUGGUCGGGUCGGCCGUCUGCAGCUUUGACAUCAAUGAAAUACAUGGCGCGUUCGCCGGAAAAUUCAAGGAGCAAGCGUCAUCGAACUCGGCCUGGCUGCCGGUGCUGAACUCGAAGAUUCCCGAACCACGGCCGGGCACAUGCGUCAACGAUACGUCCACGCUGCCCGACUCGGUGCUCAACUUCAUCCGGUCCCACCCGCUCAUGGACAAGGCGGUCAACCACGAGCACAACAAUCCGGUCUACUACAAGCGCGAUCUCGUCUUCACCAAGCUGGUCGUUGACAAGAUUAAAAUCGAAAUUCUCAGCCAAGAGUACACGGUGUUCUACAUCGGCACGAAUGCCGGCCGGAUCUACAAAAUCGUACAGUAUCUGCGCAACGGUGAGUCGAAAUCGAAGUUGCUGGACAUUUUCGAAAUCGCUCAGAACGAAGCGAUCCAGGUGAUGGAACUUAGCCAGAAGCGCAAAUCACUGUACGUCGCUACGGACUACCGGAUCAAGCAGAUCGAUCUGGCCAUGUGCAAUCGGCGGUAUGAUAAUUGUUUCCGCUGCGUGAAGGAUCCGUACUGCGGUUGGGAUAAGGAUACGAGCACGUGCAAACCGUACGAACCGGGACUGUUACAGGACGUUGGCAACGAGACGUACGACAUCUGCGACACGAGUGUGCUGAAGAAGAAAAUCAUCGUCACCUACGGCCAGAGCGUGCAUCUGGGAUGCUUCGUAAAGAUACCGGAAAUUCUGAAGGAUCAAACCGUCACGUGGUAUCACCAUUCGAAGGAGAAGGGCCGCUACGAGAUUAAGUACAACCCGACCAAGUACAUCGAGACGACCGAACGAGGUUUGGUGGUGAUUUCCGUGAACGAGGCGGACGGUGGACGGUACGACUGUCAUCUGGGUGGAUCGCUGCUGUGCAGCUACAACAUCACGGUCGAUGCACAUCGAUGCACACCGCCGAACAAAACGAAUGAUUACCAGAAGAUCUACUCGGACUGGUGUCACGAGUUCGAGAAGUACAAAUCGGCCAUGAAAACUUGGGAGAAAAAGCAAGCACAAUGUUCCCGACAGAACUACAGCAAUCAGCAUCCCAACGAUGUGUUUGCCCGAACGCCCAGCGUCUGAUCCUAAGGCGGCUUUCAUGUAAAAUAAAAAGGAAAACGAUAUCAGCGAAUCUCGCACGAACCGUCGUUGAACGCAACCGACAUACAAUACUCUCUUUGUACGCGAGUCAACCGCAAGCGCGCGGGGGGGCGUGCAGCAACAAACCACAACCAGAAGAACUGAUCUAGUAGUGUAAAGUAUUAAAGGUGGAGAAUGAAUUUUUUUUUAGCAUGCACUAUACCGACGAGGCACACUCAUGAGCAGCAAUGGGAGGGGAGAGAAGAAAAAAUGAAGAAAAAACAAGGUAAAAAACAAUAACUCAUCAGACUAAAACAGACCAGAAAAACAUUGUAAGAUGACAAACUUUUCGAGAAGAACGCUAAACAUGUGGUUUUGUGACCGCCAUUUCUGCUUCGACUCGGUGUCGGCGUGGAGACACGGCACGCAUCAGGCCGACGAUUUGAAUUUUCAUUUUUUCUUAUUUUCUAUGCAUUUCAUUUCACUUUUCGCGGACGGACAAACUAAGCAACUAAUCGAAUAGCGGAAGCUUAUUUUUAUAUAAUUGUUGGAAUAAGUUUAGCAUCUAAGUUAGUGAACACACAAUGAACCGUAGCGCUUAGGAAUGGUAAAGGAAAGGGAAGGUGAAGGUGUUUGUGUGUUGUGUGUGUGGAACAAGCAGCAAAACCCGUGAUUAAGAAAAGUGGAUGUGAAAGCUUAAAGGAAAGGAAUAAAAUCACGAAAAGGUUAGAUACAAUCAAAUCCACACGGAAGAAUCUCACCAGGCAUCAGUCGCGAUUCCGGCGCGGCAGUUUUACUUAACUAAUGGAGGAACUUCCGCUCAAGGAAAACAAACAAACAAACAAACAAACGCCCCGUUCAACCCUCAAGCAAUGCGAAGCAAUCCGAUGAUAUUCAGUGAACGAUGGUGGGAAGGUUUUUAAAAGCACUAGAACACUAAUUGAUCGUUGCUCACGAACGAAAGGCAAGCCUAGUUUUUCGGUCAUUGUACAGUGACCGCGCUGUGGAGCUUUUGGGUUUUUUUUUUCGAUUCGGUUCCGUUUUAUUUUUAAAUCUACCCGUUACUAACACUCACGCGAGAGGUUGAAUCGUCGUAGAUAUCGUAUACAAGCAAUAAAGUAUGAGCAGCAGUUAGGCAGGGAAGCAAAAAAGGAAUACAGCUCUCCACUCACACACACACACACACACAUGCGGUGGCCAGCUGGAUGGGAGUGUGCUGUAUAGUAUGUGUGUGUGUACAUGUGUGAAAGCAUAAGAUGUGUCCACACCUACCAGAAGAAUGUGUUGCGUAUCGUCCAUCCUGCCAUGCUGCCAGUAUUAUCGAUGUGUUUAGAGCAAUGUGUGUGGCCGCUGUUUGGCUGCUCCUAGCUUUCCCCGUGCGUGUCCCCCAUACCGAGCAGGGCGCGGAUGGUUUUGAUGUAUGCAAACUCCUUUUAGCUCUGUUCCGUUCCGCUCUUCGCUGUUCGCGAUUAGCUCGGUAACUUUUUUUGAAACCACCCCCUAGACUUAAGUGGCACUGUGAGCACACGGACGAUGGGAUUUGGAUUAGCCUAAACAACCCGUUGUGUUAUCGCAAUCCCGUUGCGUAAUAAAUUACGUCGAGCUUUUCUAAUACUAACUAACAUUACAGAACGGAGAGGGGGAAAAAAGAACAGUGGAAAACAAAUAUCAGGACAGGGGUGAGAAAGGGGCGGGCGAGCUCAUCAAAACACAUAGACACACGCUUUUCGCGGUUCAAACAUUCAAUCUCACAGGGCGCAUAUCGGCAUGUUAGUAACGUAAUCGGAUCGGACACGGAGCGGAUAUUGAGCGCGGUUUAGAAAGGGGGAAAAACGCAUUUGUACAUACACAUACAUCCGAGCAUAUUAGUGUGUUAUUUUAUCUCUUUUCUUUCGUUUUUCCCUCCUUCCCAUUAAAAAAAAAAUUUACCCAACAACAAGUAUAAAAAGAAAAGUACAGCAAAGCAAGCGCGAGAGUUCCGUUUCUCAGUUGAUGGAGAACUGUGAUAGUAAACGAGGGAGGUUCGUCUUUCUUAGCACCGGAAAAUUUGCUUUCUAUUUGCGUGUGUGCGUAUGUGUGUCUGUUCUCGCCUUCCAUUACAUUUUCACGUACAACGAGUAGUAAAAUUGCAGAACAGAAACGGUUAAUUGUAACAUAACUUUGCGCGCAUUUGGGGGAAACAUUUUAAAGCUUAUAUCCAACUUUGUCCAUGUGCCCUUGGAUGGUUCGGGUCUGUACGCGCCAUCAUAAAUCGCCAUCAUCACUUUCCUCUAGCGCAAUCAUAUCCAUCCCCCGGUCACACAAUGUCCUACCUUUUACGUUGUUUUUCAACAAACCAUCAAGCCCGUUCAAACCUACCAUGCUUAACAUAACUAACAACACACACACGAACAAACACACAGUAAUACUUAUAUUACUCUCUCGCUUACAGUGUAACACAAUAUAGAGUGACAAAAGAAAGAAAAACAAACGAAAAACAAAGCUAAAGUAAACCGAGCAACAACAACAACAAAAACCGGCCCAUUUUGCAGGCAGCAACACGUGUAAAAAUAGCAAUCACACACAGCAUCUCUAGCUUACGGAAGCGAUUCUGUCCAAUUUACAUAUACCUAUACUAGCGUCGCCAGUCGUUAGUGACGCAGGCAAACUAUAAACGAAUGGAAAAUACACACACAGCAACUACUUAUCAUAAGAAAUGAUAGCAAAAGUGUGUGUGAAAGAGAGAAAAAUGAUAAGAAAACAAGCAGAACACAGACACAAAUCGGAAAACGUUAACAAACAAUAAGGAAAAAAUGCAAAACAAAGAAUGAUAAAGGUAGAAGCAGAAAAUUAUGUCCACAACACUGAAACAAACUGUUUUUGUUUAAAGAACAAACAGCCUUUUCCAACUUUAGGGGAAAAAAACAUGAAAAUUAACACAUAAUCCUGGAUUGAGGAUUACAAACGAUGAGAAGAAAAAAACGAAGAGGAUACACGAAAAAAAUGCAAUAAGCUUAGAAUAAUGUGUAAACGAUGGAAAAAGAAACUAACAUUGAAGAACUGAUUUAAGAAAAAAAAAGAGAGGAAGGAAAGUGAAACAUCACACACACACACAGAACAUAUAAAAAAUGCAACCGGAAGUACGAAAACAAGUAACAAUCAUUCGAAAGAGUAGAACAGACAGCAACGCAACACAUAUAAGGGAAGUAAAAAAGAUACAGAAAAUCGUAAAAAAGUGGAAGUGUUUGUGUGUGUGUGUAAAAGAUGGUGGUCAUCGUGUCAUUCGAUAAAUGGUAGAAAAUUGUAUAAAUGGAAAGUCUCUAGAAAAAGACUGGCAAAACUGGAAUGUAGCAACGAGCAACCAGAAAACAGAGUAGAAAACUACACUCGAGUGGAGUAAGAGAAGCGAAACUCCCUAUAUCAAACGCAAAGGUUUUUUUUUCUCGUUUUAUCCUUUCUAACCAGGUACUUCUGUUUUGAUGUGCUCGAGUGGCAUAUGAAGCUAUAGAGGAGGACAAAAAAUUAUUGCUUAAAAUGCGCGCCAUCGAUGUAAAAUCGGUCCCAAGCAAACACAAAAACAAGGUAUCAAUAUUUGCAGAUAGCUCUCCACGUAUAGCUCAACCGAUGCCGAGGUUCUAGAAGCUCUGCGGUGCAGCAGAAAACAGUAUCAGACUUCCGAUCCAAUUUAAAGUUAGCAAUAGAAACAGAGAUUGUGAAUGUGUGCGUAGAAAUGGCAAAGUUGGAGAAAAGAAAACCACAUGCAAAAGCCCAUGAGUGAAACAGAAUCGAAUUACGGAUACCGCAUGAUCGAUGCUUCAUUUACAGCAAGAAAAAACAAAUAAUACGAGAAAAACUUGAGGGAAGAAAGCGAAGUAGAGCGGGAUAAAAUGUACAGUUUCUUCACUAGUUUGUUCUCCAAAAACGAACGAUAUAAUCCAAAAUGCUGCUGCCGGUGGUGUGGAAGGAUAAAACAUAACAUCCCAUCUCACGAAUCACAUUGGAGGAAUCACAAAACAGGAAUGGAAAAGCUUCCCGGAUCAUCAUAUCCGCGGAUGUUUGCGCGUCUUUAAUGAUAAUGAUACAACGCCCAGUACACCCAGGAAAGGACAGCACACUUAUACAUGUACACAUUUGAAAAACAUUUCCCUUUUGAUCCUUCCCCGAUCCCUGACACAAAUAUCAUCCAUCCCACAUUAUUUGAGAGCUGCUCUUGUGUAGGCACUGUGUGUGUCUGUGUGGAUAAAUGGAGCCAGAAGCAUUUAAAAGCAAACAAAUUCCAAUUCCCCCUGCAAAUCACAGAAACAAACUAAAAACCACACAAACACACACAUUAACACACAACACAAGCGCGCGCGUUAAGGCAGAAAAAGGAUGUUUUUUUGCGAGAACAUUAGUAAAUAAACAAUUGAUAAAUUGAUUAAGAAAAUAAUA